UAGGUUGAAAAUGUCCCUGAAACAUUGAGUUUUGGGAUAUAUAAAUUUGUUUCCUUUAAAAAAAGAAAAGGAGAGUGAUCUUAAAAGUACCAGUCAUCGCGAAAUGGAUGAUCAGAGAGAUGAUGAUGACGAAAAACCUAUGGAAAAAGAAACGUCGACAUCUUACGCGAGGGAAAAUUCAUGUUCACUUUCAUUGGCUGACUUUUCUCUGGAGAUCUUGGUAAAGAUUAUGUCUUCCUUGUCGCUUAAAGAAAUACUUCGGCUCGAGACGACUAGCAGGAAGCUUUCACUCGCCACAACAAUCCAUUUGAGAACAAGGAAAUCGGUUGAUUUUACCGAAGGGAAAUGGUACGGAGAAAUGUCUUCAUUAGUAACAGACGGUAUAUUUUCGCGCCUACUCCAACGAUGUCCAGAGGUAAACAGUGUGCUCGGAAUACAUCCUACGUUGCUAACAAAACGUCAACAGAGACACGUAGACGUGUUAAGCGUUGAUGGAAUCACUGCCGCUUUGACUUUCUGUAAAAAGCUAAAAUCAAUCGGCACUUCUAACAUACAAGUGUUGGACGCCAUGUUGGCAAUCAAUCCAAAUUUGGAAAUUGCCGGAGGUUUCCGCAACAGAGGUGGAGAGUUCCCGAUCUCUCCACACAGUUUUUUGUCGAUUCCAAGCAGAGUGAAAUUAUCCCAGCUGGUACUAACAGGUGUAACAGUUCCAUUGUUACCCACAAUAGAGGGUUUGACGUUUCUUCAACUUCGAUGGGUUAAGUUUACAGACCAUGAACCUUUCAAAGACUUUUCAUGUCCAAAAUUAGAACACUUUAUUAUGAAAAACUGUAUGGGUGUUGUUGAAACUGGUUCAUUCAGUCCACGAGUUUGUAUUCCCCUAUUCCAUGCUCUAGGUAGAGCUGCACAUCUGGAACGCCUUGAAUUAGUGCGUGUUCCUUUUCCAGGUGGUGUGUUUCGGCAUGUUGUUGAGGAAAAUUGGCGACUAGGCAGCUUUCGAUACCUUACAAGAGUUUCACUUGCAUCGUGCUAUGAUGCCAUUGAGGUAGAUCUUGGUUACCUGGUACUAGUAUCUGCCUUUCGAUUAGAAGAACUUUGCAUUCAGCCUUCUUUGACCAAGGAUGCAGUCUUCUCAGCAUUGUUAAUGGCUCAUGCAGAGUAUCCAAGAUUUGAAUGUCUUCACCUGGGUUAUACUGAUGACUUUCCUGAAAAAGGGAAAUACACAGAAGAGGAGCUCCAACAGCAUGGCUUAAUGAUUGAAAGAGAACAGACGCCUGCCUUGUCAGAUAGAGGACUGAAACUAGCUUUGCAAGUAUUUCCACAGGUGCGCUGUUUAUCAGUCAGCAACUGUCCAAAUUUGAGAAAUGCUACACUUUGGCCUACGUCAAAUUUAACAUGCCUGACAAUAUCGGAUUUGACAUUAUACAAGUGCAAGAAUUUAUCUUUGGAACAUUUUUCUCAAUUUAUCCGUCAGCUGCCUGCCAUUCAGUUCCUCAAAGUUCAGAAUAUGUUCAAGAGGGAGUCCUCUGGUGAACCUACUAGACCUGAAAGAACCAAUUCUAAUGAUGAUGACAAUCUUCUUUUGUCAUCACAAGUUCUAAAAAGUAUUUUCUUGCAAAAGUGUGGAAUAGUAAAAUUGUCUGUUGAAGAUUGCCCAAAACUGAGUUCUGUUUCAUGCACCUCAUGCAAAGAGCUAUCAGAAGUAAAACUCAAGAACUGUUUAUUAAAUCGAGCAAAGUUUACAUUGUGUCCAGCCCUUGAAAUGAAAACUCUCCUGGAUGAGUUGUACAAUUUGCCCGUAAUUGCUGGUCGAAUAAUCUCCUUGAAUCCGACAGAAUUGUUUGAUCCAGCUGAACUGGAAAGACAGGUCUUUGAAUCCAUGGUUGACUAUCCUUUUUGUGUCAUCAAAGAUGAAGGAAACCAAGGUUUUUGUUUACAGUUAGGCUGAUACUGUUACUGUCACUGUCAUCAUUACUGGCUUUGCUGUUAAAACUACUGAGGAUUUGGUUGUUACUUCACUUAGUGCAAAUUAUCUAUCUGGUAAUUUUCUUCCUGGAGUCUCCUUUGUGAGUAGGAGCCCUUUGGAUCUGAAGUUAUUCAAAUAAAUGGGAUGACUGGAAUAGGAGAAGCCCAGAUUUAUUGAUAAUUCACAUUUGUAGAGAUGUAAGCCGCACUGUUGUAUGUUUUUUUUCUUUUAUCUCAGAUGACAACCCUAGGCAUGAUUCUUUUCAACUGCUCUUAAGGCAGUCCAGGAAGUACCAUCAACUGAUCAACAGCCUAGAUCUCUGGCUAAAUUAGGUUACCAAAUGUAUUAGCUAGUCCAUGACAAGCCUUACCACAAAUCAUUAUUACCAGUAUAUUGAAUGAAUAUGAAUACAACUACCAAUACUACAAGUCAUCACCUACAACAAUAAUCAACGUUUAAAGGCAAAGAAUUAUUUAGUCAAAUAGAUUGAUAUACACUGCUAACUCAAUGACAUCAUAGUAUCAAUUUAUUAAAUAGAUUCCUUUUUUCUGUGUUUCUCUUCAGUGAUACGUGUGGAUCACAGAUGACUUCAAAAUGUGGUAAGAACUAGAAGUGGCUGACAAGUUGCAGUGGAGUGUGUCACUGAUGUUCUCACCUUAUUUUGACAUCUUCUGUGAUCUAUUACUGAACUUACCCAUUGCAACAUGGAUUUUUUUUAUUCCAUAUAAUAAAGAACCAAAACAAUUUUAU